GGCAACAUAAAAUUUAGAAAAUAUUCGUACGAAAAUAAAAAGUAUGUUGUACGGAAAUAAGCGAAAACAUUGAAAAAUACGAGGUCCCGUCUGUUUUGUGAACGGAAGAUUUCACUUUACAGCAGCAUACGGUACCUUGAGAUCAUCCCACGAAUCCAUCUCCUCGGUGACCAAGAACAGAUACACCACCGUCCGAUUACGGCUCUCCGGAUUCUCAAAGACCCCCAACAAACGCUGCAUCUGUCCCCGUACUCCGGCCUCCUCCUCCACCUCGCGUUCCGCCGCCUCGCGGGGAUUCUCAUUGGGCUCGAUGCCUCCGCCAGGCACUACCCAGCGUUCAUGACUGCGCGAUGAGGAUACCAGCAGCACCUGUCGCUCCCCGCGGCCGUUCUCCGCCGCCACUUCCCGCACACACACACAGGCCGCCCGACGCCGGAAGCCGUCGGCGUCGUAGCAGCGGAUGGAAUUCGGCUUCUCCUUCACCAUGGCUGCGUCGGGAACAGGCAGAUAAAAAGGGAAAGCGAAGAAAUAGUAGGGGAGAAUAAUUACUGCCGAAGCCGGUGUAGUUCUGUAUCAGCUAUGGAGAAAUCAAUGGAUGAUAACAGAAAAGCAUAGCAGCACGCUGGAUACAGUUUCCACUGGCGACGGCUGAUCUCGUUGAAAGAAAGAGGAAUGCGAAUUAUGCGAUCGGUGGUUUAUGUAGAGUUCACAGAAUAGAGGAAAGGAUACAAUGACGAGGUCCGAAGUUAGAUUAAGAAAGUAUUCAGGGAUCAACAAAAGCGUAAAACAGGUUUAGCGCGCGAAACUGCACCGUCGAAAAAUGCUCACAACUCCGCAUGGCAAAUAUGAAUUUCGGAGAAUUUUCGAUUCUGUUGCAGCUAGCUGGUGUAGGCAGAAUCCCAUAUCCAAUGGAAUUGGAAGGGUGCCACGCGUACAUUGUGCAAGUGGAAACCAUUUCUAGUGGAGUUGGAUUUAUUGAGCAUCGCUGGCACUUCCGGUGACUGUGCGAGCAAGUCUGCAAGAAUUUCAAGAAUGCCUGCAACGGACGAAAUUAUUUUGUUUGACUGUUUUCAGUGUUUUGUUCUUUCAGUUUUAUUUGUUUACCUUUUUUUCGAUAGAAAUUACUGGCGGAUUAAAAUGGAAAUUUGUUGAUGAUUCUUUUAUCGUGUAGCGACAUGCGCCUGCCGUAUCUUGCCGCGGUGGAUUUGCGCGAUCAACAGGUGGUUCUGCACUCCACUCGGCGCUAAUCGCCAUGCGCUGCAUGCGCUACUUCUCCUUCCUUCGCCACAAACUCCUCUCCUUCAUAAUCUCCAUCUUCCUGGGAUACAUCUCCGUGUUAUUCACGGAAUAUGUCCGCUUGUACAGCUGGAACACGCACGGCCCUGCGGAAUGCCCCAGUUCCCUGCCUGCGACACCCACGGGCGGGCACCCAGCGCGACAGCUGCUCUUCGUCGGUGUUAUGACGGCGGCCAAGUAUCUGGACAGCCGGGCUACCGCGGUGUAUCGCACCUGGGGCCGCAAUGUGCCCGGGCGGAUGAUGUUCUUCAGCAGCGCCGGGUCGCGGAGUACGCAACCGGAUCUGCCGGUGGUGGCGCUCCCGGGGGUGGACGACGCGUAUCCACCGCAGAAGAAAUCCUUUAUGAUGCUCAAAUAUAUGUAUGAUCAUUUGGAGGAGUUUGAGUGGUUUAUGCGGGCGGAUGAUGAUGCGUACGUGCGGACGGAUAAAUUGGAGUAUUUUCUGGCGUCGUUGAAUAGUAGUAAGCCGUUGUUUAUUGGACAAGCGGGACUGGGAACGAAAGAAGAGUUCGGGCUGCUGAAUCUCGCGCCAGGGGAGAAUUUUUGCAUGGGCGGACCGGGAAUUAUUAUCAGCCGGGCGACACUCCGACUAAUGGCACCGCACAUAAAAUACUGCCUGAAGCAUUUACUGAGCACCCACGAGGAUGUGGAGAUUGGUCGGUGUAUCCAGAAAUUUGCCGGUGUUUCCUGUGCCUGGUCGUACGAGGUAGACGUUUACUAUGCAAACGAUUUUUACAAUAAUCAGAGCGGUCUAGCGGCCUUUACCGGUGAUCUGCAUGUGAAGGAAGUGCACCGGGCCAUCACGCUGCAUCCGGUGAAGACAGCGCAGCAUCUCCACCGCAUCCACAACUAUUACACAGCCAAUACGCUGGCCAGUGUCCACCAGGAGAUUGUGCAGUUAUCCCGGCAGAUGUACGACAUGAAUGUCCUGUUGGACGAGAGCACGCAUUUUCAAAAGGGCGUCAGCGAUGUUUUACUCCAUCCACCGUCCUUACUCCGCUUCCGACCGCAGACACCCGACGAAGUGCUCGUCUGGGAAUUCUUCACCAAAUCCUUCUACUCUCACCUCGACUACAACCCGAAACGGGCGCUGCGCUCCUCACAGAAAUGGGCCAUCAACAACCUGGUGAUGCAGCUGAUGGAGCAGAUCAACCACUACUCGGAGCAGCGCGGCCGGGUCAUCGAUUUCAAGGAACUGCUGUACGGUUACCAGCGCCUGGAUCCGCUGCACGGGAUCCACUAUGUUCUGGAUGUGCAUCUGGUGUACAAGCGGUAUUCCGGGAAGAAGAUGACGGCGCCGGUGCGUCGGCAUGCGUACUUAGAACAGGCUUUCGCCUGGACGGAGGUGGCGGAGGAGGAGGAUUGCGUGGGAGAGGGGAUGGAUGACCGGGAUGCGGCUUUGAAGAGGGAUUUUGGCGGGGUGCUGCGGUAUUUCUCGCCGCGACGCGCUUCCGAUGUCCAGUUAGACACAACUGAUGCGCAGUGCCAUAAACGCUUGACCCCGGACACGAUCAACAUGAUCCUGUCGUUAUCGGGUCGUCCCGAAACUCUGGAUCGCUUUCUGAAUAUUCUGCUCCCGAUGACAUCUUCCGGCAUAACGCUGACGGUCAUGAAUUUUCCAUCUGUUGAUCCGGACGUCCAGGGCAAUGUGUCGGAAGUAAUAGAUAAAUGGCGCUUACAAUAUCCGCAGUUUCCCUUGGAAGUGGUCAAUUUGGACGGGAAUUUCUCGCGCGCGGUGGCGCUGCAGCGCGGCAGUGAGCGCUUUUCGGCGGAGGCCUUGCUGUUCUUUGUGGAUGUGGAUAUGGUGUUUGGGGAGGGGUUUCUGGAGCGACUGCGACGCAACACCAAACAGGGACGCAUGGUGUAUUUUCCGGUGGUGUUCAGUCAGUAUCGACCUGACAAUUGGCCGGAAAAAAGCAACAGCAACGUCUUCCAUUUGACGGAAGACACCGGCUACUGGCGGCAAUUCGGCUACGGGAUCCUCAGCUGUUAUAAAGCCGAUCUGGACCGCGUCGGCGGCUUCCCCCUGGACAUUGCCGGGUGGGGGAAGGAGGAUGUGGACCUGUAUGAGCGCUUCAUCCAGUACGCCCAGACCGAUCCGCACUUCCACGUGUUCCGCGCCGCCGAUCCGGAGCUGGUGCACGUGUACCAUGACAUGCACUGUGAUCCGCAGUUGGAGCCCGCCCAACUGGUCAUGUGCCGCGGCUCACAGGCCGCCAGUCUGGCCAGUCAGCGCAAGUUGGCAGCCAGGGUGCUGCAGCGCUGGGCGGAGGGGAAUGCGACGUUGGGGAGUUAGUUGACAGUUUUUGCGGGGUUCCUUGUUCUGGUCUUUCAUUUUUUGUUGUUUGAAAUUUUAUAAAGAUUUUUUUCUUGGUGUGCAUUGGUUUGUGGUUCGACUGGUCUGAUAAUUUUUUACCGCUGUCUGUGUGAUACUGUGCUGAGUUCCUUGAACCAUGUUCCUGUCGUUUUUGUUAAAUACUGUAAGAUGUACGGGAUUAUAAUUAUUGGUCAUGCAAGUAUUGAAAACGAACAGAAAUCAAAGCGUUCGGAAGUGGGCAGCUGAUUCAUGGCAAACUUUU